GUUUAUUGUGACAUGGUAUCAGCGGAUCAGGCCUGGACUCUCCUCGCUCGGUUUUCAAACAGUGACACUAAAAACUGGAUGGAUGACUCAGGAGGUUGGUGGUAUGACAGUACUCAAGCUGCAGGAGAAACCGCUGACCCGUCAUACAAAGCAGACAUGAUCUCGCCGGCGUUCUGGCUGGUCAGUGGCAGUGAGCUUAAGAUCACGCGCAAUGAUGACUCUAGUCACACUCCUCUAUUGCAAACAACGGGGAACUGCCUGAGCAGGAAGACAUUUCGCUCCAAAAUUACCGGCUAUGGUGACUUCAGAAACGGUUCAGUUUGGUCCAAAAAUGAGUGCCUAGGAAAAUGCAAUGUUCAAUAUGGCGGACACUACCAAGAAACUAUUGGUUUCGGACAGGCUUCAUGCAGCGAUAACCUGCAAGGUGCUGAUGAGGUCGGCUUCUGGUGUAGCUGGGGGUGGGGUGGUUCUGUGAUCAUGAUUGGAGGAGGCGGAGAUAGUUGUUCUGAUGCCGAUCACGGAAUUGCGAUAACGAAGGCGAAACUUGCCUCUUUUAAAAUAAAAGAGCAUGGCAGAAGAGAAGAUGAGUUUGGUGACAGUGCAUGGGGUGAUAAAACGAAAAGAUACUCAUUGAAUUUGUGGAUUCGUUAAUGUCUCCAAUGUUUUAUGAUUUGCCUUGCCUCUUAGACAAAUUUUAAAUUGAUUGUCUAAAAAUCUUAACCAUAAUAGUCCCGGCGACCAAUUGGAACAAAGGUUUAUAUUAUCAUUAGCCAAUGAGAACUCAAAGUGAUUGAAGCACGGGAAAAGGCAAAUGACAUGAAGUCGGUGUUGUAGUUUUGCAUUUGAUUGGUUAGGAAAAUGGGGCGAAUUUUCUGAGCCAAUCAUAGAGCAAAGUUAAGUUAAACCAAAACAAACCCGGGUUUCUUUGUACACUUAAUUGAAAAAUGGUUUAUGAAUGCAAGAAACGAGAUGAAACAUUGGGCUCAUACUUGAUAUAGAAGACACAGUUGAUGUAAAACAAUAGAGAACAAAGGCAAAAGAACCAGGGAUCACGGUCAUGGAACCGUGAUGAUGAUUGGUGAAGGGGGAACCAGCUGCACAUGUGCAGAUGACGGGAUUGAAAUAACUGAGGCUGAUCAAGCAGCCUUUGUUAAAACAACGGAGGCAAAUGAAACUGAAUACGACUUUAAAAAUGAGGCUAAGACUUCAUCUAAACCGAACGAUGCAUAUUCCUUGAAUCUGUAGAUUAGUUAAGCUUUGGAGUGAAUCUAUCACGGUAAAUCGUCCUUACAAAUUAGUUGCAGGCCUAUAUCGAAAAAAUUUAAACCCACGGGAAGUGCUCUUGAAGACUUGAUAGUUAUGGAAAAUAAAACUCAAAAUCGAAGCGUCUUUGAUUGAAUUUUAAGAACAUUUAGAGAUAUGUUUGAAGGCUUGGGUCAGUCUUAAGGGUUUAAAUGGGCGUUUUGC